CCCCUCCUGCCCCAAACCCGCCGCCAACAUGGCUGAGGAAACGUCUGGCCAACCAUGUCUGGAAGAGAGUGAGUUUGAAGCACUGGAAGAAGACUUCCAAGAAGUCAUCAAUCUACUUAAGGAAGAUGAAAAUCUGGAAAAAUUCCAAAUAGAAUAUGAGAAGCUUCAUGCUGUUAUGAAAAAGGCUCAUGAAAAUGAAAAGCGUCUCAUGGAGAAAUGCAGGGAGCUUAAUGCUGAGCUUGUGGUGAAUUCAUCUAAAAUAGCUGCUCUGACAAAGCUCUGUAAAGAUGAUGAGGAGACGAUAUCAUCAUUGAAGAUGGAGAUUGAAAAGGCCUGGAAAGUAGUCGAUACAGUCUAUGAAAAGGAACAGAGAGCGAAAGAAAUGGUAAAAUCACUGCAAGAGGAAAUAGCUCACCUAACCAGUUUAGUGAAGCAAGAGCCUGGAGUGUCUCUGGAACAGGAGUACAAUAUCCAGGAUUUGCUAAAACUUAAAGAAGAGGUAACAAAAGAGCGAGACCAACUGUUGUCAGAGGUUGUGGAGUUGCGUCAGAGUCUAACAGAAGCCACAGAGCAACAGCAGGAUGCAGAGAGGGCAAAGAACGAGGCAGAUCAGUCUAUUAUGCAGCUUCAGCAAAAAAUCCAGCUGCAUCAGAAUGAGGCAUCAAGAGAGGCUCGAAAGAAGGAAAAAAUGGAGAAGGACCUGAAAAAUCUUCUAGAUGAAAUGGAAGACAAACAAGCUGAGAUCAGGAAUUUACAGCAACAGAUUCAGACAAACAAAGAGGAACAACUGAAAAUGGAACAGUAUCUGAAAGAGCUGAAGAUCUCAAAUGAAAGAACUGGUAAGGAACUUGAGCAAUUUCAGAUGAGGUGUAAUAAGCUCAUGCAGGAGAGCGAGCAGCACAAUGUGAUGUUUGAAGAGGUGAUGCAGGACAUCCAGAAGAAGACAGCAGAACUAAAAGUCAAAAAUGAUGAAUUGACUCAGUUGCACCUUGAAAUUUCAAAGCUGGGCAAAUUAAGGGAUGUCCUCCACAAUAAGCUACGUGCUGCAGAGGAACAAAAAGUUGAUGCAGAACAUGAGAGAAACACCCUAAAAAAUGAAAUAUCUGGAAUGGAGAGAGAGUUGGAAGCUGCCAAAAAGCAGGCGGAGAUUGACAAGAAAGCUAUAGAUGAGCUUGUGAGGGAAAGGGAUAUGCUAAGCAAGAACUUGAACAAAGCUACCAGUGCCACUCAGAAGCAGAUAAAUCUGGUGAAGCUUCAUGAACAGUCGAAGAAGAAACUGGAAGUAGAAAUCCAAAAUUAUAAGAAUGAAGCUCAGAAACAAAGGAAGAUUAUUUACCAGUUGGAGAAGGACAGAGAUUGUUUCAUCAAUGAAACCAGUGAGCUCAAACAGAAGGUCCUCCAGCACCUGAAAGAUAUUGAAAUACGGGAAAUGCAGAUCUGUGACUAUGAGAAGAAAAUAGAAGAGUCUGUGAUGAAAUUAAAGCAGCAACAAAACCACUGUGAAGUUCUGAGAACAGAGAGGAACCUGUACAGUAAAAAUCUGAUCGAAGCUAAGGAUGAAAUAGCAGAAACUAAGAAGAGACUGAAAAUGGUGACACAUCAGGUGGAUCAGCUGAAAGAGGAGAUCUCAGAGAAGGAAGCAGCCCUUGCGGAAGCACAUCUACAGCAUCAGCAGACAGAAAAGGAGAAGGAUUCAUUGAAAGCGGAACUGCUUAGGAUGAAAGAACAGGCUCUGGAAACCAAACACUUUAUAGAAAAUCAGGAGCUAGAAGAGAGAAAACUUCUAAAAAUCAUUGCUGAAGCUGAUGCUGAGAGGCUAAAGCAGAAGAAGGAAAUUGAGCGGAUUAUGACUGAGAGAGAUAUCCUAGGGUUCCAUCUUGUUCGGCGCAAUGAUGAAGUGGCUCUGCUCUAUGAAAAGAUCAAAAUCCAGCAGUCCAUCUUGAACAAGGGGGAAACCCAGUACCGACAAAGAAUGGAAGACAUCCGACUGCUCAAGCUGGAAAUUAAAAAACUUCGGCGUGAGAAGGGAAUACUUGGCAAGAGCGUGGCCAGUGUGGAGGAGCUCAGACAGGAGGUUCAUCACAUGCGGAAGGAGCUAUUAAGGGAACAGACUCGGUGCAAAGUUUUGGAAGAAGAACUGGAGAAUCCCUUGAAUGUUCACAGGUGGAGAAAAUUAGAGGCCAGUGACCCAAGUACCUAUGAGCUGAUUCAGAAAAUACAGAGACUACAGAAGCAGCUUAUCAGCAAGACAGGUGAAGUGAUAGAGAAAGAAUUGCUCCUUCAGGAAAAGGAGAAACUCUAUGUGGAAUUGAAGCACAUCUUGGCCCGGCAGCCUGGGCCUGAAGCCGCAGAACAGUUGCAGCUCUACAGGCGAACUCUCCGAGAGAAGACAAAACAGCUGAAAGUUUUGUCCUCAGAAUUGAAUAUGUAUGAAUCACAGAGCCAAGAAUACAAAUAUGAAAUUGAAAGACUUGCCAACGAGCUAAUGAAUGUGAAGAAGAAGUAUCUGGCUCAGAAACGCAAGGAACAGCAGGCCAAGGAGAAGGAGCGACCUUUGACUGACAUGGAGCCUGAGUUUCCACACCCCAGACCUGAUGUUCCUCGCUUUACUGGAGGAGGCUUUGCUCUCAGCAGACCCCUUCCCAAAGUUACAGCCUAG